AUGGAGAACUUUGAGAAGACAUGUAGGCUUUGCCUCAACAUCAUAAGUGAUACCAGUUUCAAAAUAAUUCAAGGAAUUAUUAUAGAAGUCCUGGACGUCCUUUUACUGAAGCUAAGUACUAACAAAAAUAAAUCUGUAAUAUGUAACGGCUGUUCUAUAAAAUUAUUUGUGGCGUUUAACUUCAAGGCAACCUGCAUGGAUACCGAGGACUGUAUCUUUCCUUACAUUAAUUCCGAAAUGGGAGCACCGAUUGACUUAAAAGAAAUUUAUCUAAAGGAAAGAGGUAAAGAACAUUUUAGAAAUAUAUUAGAAGACGAGAGGAUUUGUCGACUGUGCAUGCAGGUAGUCACAUGUGGGUUUACAUGGGUAAGAGAAGUGGAUGUUGAUAUGUUUCUCAAAUAUACUCCAGAAGUAAACUUCAAUUCCACCAAAGAACCCGUUAUAUGCAAUAUUUGUUUCGAUUUAUUGAACACCCACACGAGUUUUUUAAAAAACUGUUUAGAUGUGAACGAGAAAAUAACAAGUAUGUGUGAAGAUAAAGCUGCAGAGAGCCCGUCGUGUAUUAAAUGUGAAGAUGUAGAAAUAAAAUCUGAAGGAAAUGACGACGAUAGAACCCCUUUAGAUAAAACGGGAUGGAACGAUUUUGGAUUUCAUGGGUCUAACCAAAUUCCCACACCAAAUAUCGACGCCUUGGGAUACAAUGGUGUCAUUUUGGACAAGUUUUACACUCAACAAACAUGCACACCGUCCAGAGCAGCCCUAUUAACAGGGAACUACCCCAUAAGAUCAGGUUUACAAGGAAUACCUUUACAAGCUGGAGAGAACAGAUAUGUGCCACUUAACAUGACUGUUCUUCCUGAAAGAUUACAGGAAUUAGGGUAUCGCACACAUUUGGUUGGAAAAUGGCAUUUAGGUCACGCCUAUGAAAAAGUAACGCCGGUAGGCAGAGGCUUCGACACACAUUUCGGCUAUUGGAGCGGCUUCAUCGGUUACUUUGAUUACACACUUGGAGCACAACUAGCGGAUGGUGUUACAACGUACUUUGGAUACGACUUGCACUACAAUUUGACAGCGCAAUAUCAAUUCAAGGGGCAAUAUUCCACAGAACUGUUUUCAAAUAAGUCUCUGGAAAUAAUUGACAACCACGACGAAAAAGAACCUUUAUUUUUGAUGGUGUCACAUCUUGCUGCACACACGGGAAGGGGAACGGAGCUGGGAGUUCCGAAUAUUACGAAGACCAAUGAAACUUAUGAUUAUAUCGAGCUUGAGGAGAGAAGAAGAUAUGCAGAUAUAGUUAACAUUAUGGAUGACACAGUGGGCCAAAUUGUGAAUAAACUAGCAGAAAAAGAUAUGUUGCAGAAUUCCAUAAUAUUGUUUUUCUCUGAUAAUGGGCCAAUGACAACUGGAUCAGUUCCAAACCACGGAUCUUCUUGGCCGUUCAGAGGAUUAAAAUUCACCCUAUUUGAAGGAGGUGUGCGAGGAUCGGCUGUAUUAUACAGUCCAUUGUUGGAGAAGAGGGGUUAUAUCAACAGAGAACUGAUACAUAUUAGUGAUUGGCUUCCUACCCUAUACCACGCCGCAGGUGGCAACGUCAGCGAACUUGGCGACAUUGAUGGAAUAAACCAGUGGGAUGUUAUAUCGAAGAACUUAACAACAACAAGGACUGAAAUUUUACUUAAUAUCGACGAAUUUGAAAAUCAGUCUGCAAUUUUGGGAUAUGAAGGCCAAUAUAAACUAGUGAACGGAACCUACCAAGAUGGCUUAUACGAUCAGUAUUACGGCGACUCAGGGAGAGGAUCCGAAAAUCCGUCUUACGACACACAACAAAUAAUAAACAGCUUGGCCAACCAAGCGAUCCAAACCAUAUCCAAUCAAUCACCGCUUACUUCUGACGUCAUUUUAAAUAUGCGAAGUCUGUUGGAUGUGAGCUGGUGUAGGGACGCGAAUUCCACUCCGAAUUUUGUGUGCUCUGGGUUUUGUCUGUUCGAUAUCUACAGCGAUCCUUGUGAAACAACCAAUGUCGUGAACGACACGAAAUAUGAAAAUAUAUUACAAAAUUUGCAAGCCAAAUUAAGCGAGUUUUAUGAACAACUUGUGCCACAAACGAAUAAAGCAGUAGAUCCAAACUCCGAUCCCAGCAAGUCCAAUGAUACUUGGUGGAAUUGGUUAGGCACAGAACCGUAGUUAUGAAGAUGAACAAUAUUACAUGUCAA